GUCAGCGCACUCCCGAUGCCGGAGCUAUCGUUUGCUUCACACUGACAUCAUAGCGGAUUACAAUGUCAAAUAUUUUGGAAGCAGCACUAGCCUCUGGUUUUACACCCCGUGAGAGAGAUUCGUCGUUUAUAUUCCACUCAUUUGAAAUAUAAAGUUGCAAUAUUUUUCGCAUGAAACAUUUUUGGGGGAUGGAAUGAUGCAUUCAAGUUAAGGUCUAUGUAACAGAGAGUGGGUCAGGUCAGGGAUGCUGCAGCAUCGGAGGGAAUCUGACUCUCAUGGCCUGUUUUCAUCUGGAGAGACCUCCGACAAUGACUGUGAGAUGGGGGCAAGUUGUGGAGAAGUUGGCGUAGUGUGUUUGUGUGAGACUGGACCCUGCACACUAUACUCUGAAGCACAUACACAGACGCCGGACACACUGAAAUGUGAACACUGUGGGAAAAACAGGGUAGUGAUAACCAGGUACUCAGAGGGAUAUGGCACAGAGGAAGAGUGUGCCCUGUCUGAUCCUCAGGGUGACAGCGAUGCAGACGCUGACAUCGAGGACACAGAUUGCAGACUACAGGAGCCAGGUUCUCUCCAGCGAAUCAGUUCGCGGAGACGGAAGCGACCACGAAUAGCACGGCAGGACACCACGGAGAGUGAGGACGAUGGGGGGAGGAGUCACAGGAGUCACCGCUGGAGCCUCAGACUCAGUCCCCACCGGGCUCACAACAGAACCUUACUAGAGGAGAGUGUGUCACAGGUCAGACCGUUAGUGAUCUGUCGGCCCAGUGUCAGAGGAGACGGUCAGGGUCCUCCAGUCGAAGGGCCCAGAACUGGCCCAAAAUGUCUCUGGUUCCUGUGGCCCUCGUCUCUCUCUCUGCCUGUCGUUCUCCUCCUCUCCAUCCCUCUCUCUCUCUCCUUAGUCAUCGUCAUCAUAUCUUUCCUGAUGCCUCGGGCCAGUACUUGACCUCACUUCUCUGUUUUAUUUAAUUCAUUGUAAUAUUUUUCAUUGAGUAAUAUAAUUAUGCUUUAAUCACCUCGCGUCACCGCAUCAUGUUGUUAAUUCAUGUGUGUAUACUGUAAACAAAUCAUAUUAGACCAUAAGCCAUAGCAGCAUCAGACCAUAAGCCAUAGCAGCAUCAGACCAUAAGCCAUAGCAGCAUCAGACCAUAAACCAUAGCAGCAUCAGACCAUAAGCCAUAGCAGCAUCAGACCAUAAACCAUAGCAGCAUCAGACCAUAAACCAUAGCAGCAUCAGACCAUAAACCAUAGCAGCAUCAGACCAUAAGCCAUAGCAGCAUCAGACCACAAACCAUAGCAGCAUCAGACCAUAAGCCAUAGCAGCAUCAGACCAUAAGCCAUAGCAGCAUCAGACCAUAAGCCAUAGCAGCAUCAGACCAUAAACCAUAGCAGCAUCAGACCAUAAACCAUAGCAGCAUCAGACCAUAAGCCAUAGCAGCAUCAGACCAUAAGCCAUAACAGCAUCAGACCAUAAACCAUAGCAGCAUCAGACCAUAAACCAUAGCAGCAUCAGACCAUAAACCAUAGCAGCAUCAGACCAUAAACCAUAGCAGCAUCAGACCAUAAACCAUAGCAGCAUCAGACCAUAAACCAUAGCAGCAUCAGACCAUAAACCAUAGCAGCAUCAGAC